AUGAACGAUCCCCCACGGAUGACCAACACUACUACAACAGACGGACGAGACAUAGGAGACACAUCAGACGUGGACAAACGAAUUACAAGAAAUACAGGCAAUACAGGAAAACCUCCCAGGCAACGGAGGUAAUUCCUAUCUUUAAUCUAUCUGGUAAGCUUUUGGAUCACAAUCAUGUGUCGCUGCUACAAAAGGGUCUCACUUUUAUACCGGUGGCCAAACCUAAGAAAUUUGAAAUGGCUAUUGACUUAUACAAAUUACAAAGAACACUUUACAGCAAUGAAAUAAGGAAGGAUGAAACACGCAGUACUAUGCAUACGUUUCCUAAUCGGAUAAAAAAGGAUAUUUUUACACCCAAUCCGUCGAUAAAAAUAUUUAUGCAAAUGCUUCGCCAUGAUGUCUAUUCAACACUGUCUGCAAUACCCCUUCACAGGGAUAACUUGUCGAAAGAGGAACAUAUUGCUUUAAAGGAUCUAAUGCAAGACCCUACCAUCAUAAUUAGACCAGCGGAUAAGGGCGGCGCCGUUGUGAUACAAACAUAUGUGGAUUACAGAAAUGAAAUUAUGCGUCAGUUGAAUGACGAAUCAACAUAUCGGAGACUCACAUUUGAUCCUGUCAGCAAGUUUCAAAGAAUGAUUGACAACUUAUUGAAUUGGGACUGUCACGUCGGUACCUAG